GGGUGGGGAUGUGUGAUACGAAUUUUUAAGGAGCGUCUUCAUUUUGGGGUCUUUGCUCACUUACUGCAUACUCUUAAGUCAUCCUAUUUGAGCUUAUGCCGGAGUAAAGCGUCCCCAGAGCAAAUCAAACCAGCUGCUCGGUUUAUAGCCCAAUCUUAUGCAACUCUACUUUAGAAGUAAAUCCUUACUGAGUUCAAUAGGAAUUGCUCCCAGGUUUUAUAUUUCUGCUGGCAAAGGGGAAAUCUGGCCAUCAGAAACCUUCUUAUCUGAACUUGCUGAAAAAAAUUAUAGAAUGGCAGCAGAAAGUGACUUUCCGAAAGAUCAAAACCAGAAUCGAAAUGCUGUGCUCAGACAGUUUCAGACAGAGAUUCUUCCAACAACUACCUCGCUACAGAAGAAUACCCUUGAAGCUGAUAAUGCAAUGCAGUCCUGGACGAUGGACCAAAGCUUAUUAUCCCCUCUAGUUGCUGAAUAUGAUAAGCAUCUGGAAGAAAUGAAUGAACAACUGAGAUAUUGCCAGAUGCAGAUGAGGGAAAUGAGACUAAAACUUGAAGAAGUCAUCAAGGAAAACGAAAGACUGCAUGAAGAACUGAAAGAGGCUAUUGAAAAGCAGUUGGAUGCUUUGCCAACUGGCUCUGCUUCGAGGGAUGGAACAAUAAUGGAUGAAAACUUAUUAAGAAAUCUUCAAGAACAGCUACAACUAGCAAAUAAGGAAAAGGAACAUGUACUAGAACUUUGGCAGACAGUAUCGCAGGAAUUGGAGCGACUUCAGCAGAUAUAUCAGGAACAUAUGACGGAAGCACAAAUUCAUAUUGUGGAAAGGCAGAAACAAAAAGAUCAAUUGACAAGCUUUCAGCAACUAACAAAACAACUGCAUUUAGCCAAUGAAAAAACGGAGUCAACUAAUCGGGUAUUUCUGAAGACUGUAAUGGAACAGAAUGUAGAACUGGAACAACUACGCAAGCAACAGAGACAAUCCAAACUGGACUUGAGAACAGCAGCUGGAAAGGUUGAAGAAAUGACCAGGCUCAUUGAGGAUCUUCGGGCCCAGAUGACCAGAAAGGAAGAAGAGGUACUAGCUGCUCAGGAGAGAGAAGAAGCAUCAGAUAGACGCUUGCAGCAGUUGCAAUCUAGCAUAAAACAAUUGGAGACAAGACUUUGUGUAGCUGCCCAAGAUUCUAAACAGCUAAGGACAGAAAGAACAAGCCUAGAAAAACAAAUCCAGGACUUGCAAACAAAGUGCACUGAUACAGAAGGAGAGAAGUAUGAUGCCAUGGUAAAGGUCCGUGACAGCUUGCAACUCUUAGAAGAAGCUAAUCUGCAAAAGAGUCAGGCAAUGCUAGCUGAGAAACAAAAAGAAGAGGAAAUUGAAAAUAUGAAGGAAGCAGUUUCUCAGCUGCUUCAAGAUGCUGCAUCAAGAACUAGAAAGGAAGUGGAAAAUGAAAGGAAAAGGUAUAAUAUACAGAUUUCCCGAUUAACAGAAGAACUAACAGCACUUCAAAUGGAGUGUGGAGAGAAGCAGAGCCAAAUUGAGCGGGCUGUUAGAGAAAGGCGAGCAGUGGAAGAAGAAUUAGAGAAGAUAUACCGUGAAGGUAGAGGAAAUGAAGGUGAUUAUAGAAAACUAGAAGAACUUUACCAAAGGUGUCUGAAUGCUGAACGUACAAAAGAUGAUCUUCAGCUAAGUCUACAAUCAGCACAAAACAAAAUAAAGCAACUGGAAAUGAACUAUGAGGAAGAGAUAGGCCGUUGUCGGGAAAUGAUCUACAAGUUGCAAAGUAUUCUCGACUCUGAAAGGGAGAGCUGUGGCUCUGUCAGUGAAGAACGCUUAAAACUUCAGCAAGAGAAUGAACAGUUUCAAAAAGAAAUGGAAGACUUGAGAAAGCUGGCCAUGGAGGCACAACAAUCUGCAAAAUUAAAGAUAAGCACAAUGGAGAAUGAACAUUUAAUAAAAGAGCAUGGGUUUGAGGUUCGACUGAAAGAGAUGGAAGAAGUGAAUCAAAACUCCACAGCUGAGCUGAGACGCUUGUUGAUAGCUCAACAGAAAGCAACUAACCGGUGGAAGGAGGAAACAAAGAAGCUAACAGAAAUGACAGAAGGCAGAAUAAAUAGUUUAAAAAGUGAGCUGAGUCGUCAGAAAAUUCACACCCAGGACUUACUUUGUCAGCUGGAAAGAGCAAAUGAAAAUGUUAUUGAGAAUGAAAAAUUAAUGAUGGAACAUGAAGAAAAAGUCAACAGACUUCAAAGGCGACUAAGCCAGGCAGAGGAGAGGGCAACUACAGCAUCUCAACAGCUUAGUGCAAUCACCAUGAAAAGGAAAAAAACAGCCUCCUUGGUAGAGUUGGAAAAUAUUUAAAAGUAAUGUUCUUCCCUACAGUUUGUAAGUUGAGACUGAUGAAAAAAAGCAGUGUUGGAACAUUAGAACUUAUCACACAUAGUGAUGUGAUUUUUUGCAGAAAAUCUAUGUUGCUUGAGCAGAGAGAAACAUUGUGGUUUCCUCACAAUAAACUAGACAGACAACUGCAAAAGAUACAGAAUGAAUUAAAGCAAAGUCAGAAGAAAAGCUUUCCUCCCUUUCUUUGUGUAUAAAAAGAUGUACCAUAUACCACCAUGCUUUCUCUGUUAUGGUUUUAAAGUGGACAUCCCUGUGAAAUAUCUAACUGCUGGAUUGGAAGCUUUAUUUUUUAACUGUAUAACUGAUUUAUCAACUUAAAUAAUGUUCACUGUUAAUAAACCCAACAUUUUAAAAUA